GUAUAACCUACUCAUUUUCAGCAUUCAUUAUACAUGUUAUUAAUAAGACGAAAACAUAUCUAAAUGUAACCUUAAUCAUAAGAUGAUGUCAUUGCCAUAAAAAAAGCGUAGAGAGAAAAUACCCCGGAAGAGGGGUUUGGUAGUAGUAGUGGUGCCACAGGUGAUAUUCCUAUAACAUAAGUCAACACAGCAAGCUGAGACAGGCAGCAGCGCGUCUUUUCUCCUUUACAACUUUUUAAGAGAGUCUCAAACAGCUCAAUAAGUCUAUUCAUCCAGCGGUGGCACUAGACAUGUAGCCUAACUGCAACCUUGGACACAGAAUAACAAGCAUCACUGUCAGGAACAGGCACAGAUGCUGAUUGCCUAUCGACGCUCGCUGAAAUCCACACAAAAGUGCAUUCUCACGCACAAAUGGCUAUGCAUGACUGAAAGCCAGAAGGUUAUGCAUGUAGCAAGCCUGUGGCCGGCAGCAGCAUGGCAGAGGCAGAUAAAGCCAGUCCUGCGCACGCCCUGUUCGACAGCUUCAUCCAGGCCGACACCUGCAAGGAAGUCCUGGGGAGCUUUUCUGAGUUGUGCCGCCACCUGGAGGUGGAUCCACGCGACUACAAGCACUUUUACGGCAAACUCAAAGACAGGCUGAACUACUGGAAGGCCAAGGCAUUAUGGGUAAAACUGGACAAGCGGGCUGCCCAUUCCGACUACAUGCAAGGCCAGGCAUGCUCCAAGAACAAGUGCCUGGUGCUGGGAGCAGGGCCGUGUGGCUUGCGCACGGCGGUGGAGCUGGCUCUGCUGGGAGCUCAGGUGGUGGUGCUAGAGAAGAGGGAGGCCUUUUCCAGGAACAACGUGCUCCACCUCUGGCCCUUCACCAUCGUCGACCUCAGAGAGCUGGCCGCCAAGAAGUUCUACGGCAAAUUCGCCACCGGAGCCCUGGACCACAUCAGCAUACGGCAGCUGCAGCUGAUCCUGCUGAAGGUGGCUCUGUUGCUGGGCGUGGAGGUGCACACAGGUGUGGAGUUUAGGGGUCUAAAGGAGCCGUCAGGGAACUCAGGAUGGAGAGCUCAGUUGUCUCCUGCAGGCCACCCCGCUGCUGAUUUCCAGUUUGAUGUUUUUAUUUCUGCAGGAGGGGGGCGCUAUGUCCCAGAGGGUUUCCAGAGGAAAGAGCUUCGAGGGAAGCUGGCCAUCGGCAUCACAGCCAACUUCAUCAACCGCCACACGCGUGCCGAGGCCCAGGUGCAGGAGAUCAGCGGUGUGGCUCGCAUCUACAACCAGAAGUUCUUCCAGGACCUGCACUCAGAGAUGGGUAUUGAUCUUGAGAACAUAGUUUACUACAAAGAUGAUACACAUUACUUUGUGAUGACGGCCAAAAAGAAGAGUCUGCUAAAGAAAGGUGUCAUCAAACAGGACUACAGUGAUGCUGAGCAGUUGUUGGCUCCGAGCAAUGUGUGUCAGGAGGCUCUGAUGCGCUAUGCAUAUGAGGCAGCUGAUUUCUCCACCGGCAACCUUCUGCCCGACCUGGAGUUUGCCCGUAACCAUGCCAACCGGCCAGACGUGGCCAUGUUUGACUUCACGUGCAUGCAUCGUGCAGAGAACGCCUCACUUGUCAGGGAGAGGAAGGGCAAGAGGCUGUUGAUGGCCCUGGUGGGGGAUUGUUUGGUAGAGCCAUUCUGGCCCUUAGGAACAGGUGUAGCCCGUGGGUUUCUUGCAUCAUUUGACACAGCGUGGAUGGUGAGGAGCUGGGGAAAGGGAGUGCCUCCCCUUCAGGUCCUUGCAGAGAGAGAGAGCGUCUACAAGCGGCUGUCUCAAACCAGUCCAGAGAAUACCAACAAGAACUAUGCCAACUACAGCCUCAACCCCUCCACCCGCUACCCCAACAUCAACACAAGCACCAUCUCACCCAACCAGGUACAGCAUCUCUAUGAUCGUGAAGACCUCACAGAUGACAGCCGCAAGAGAACGCUGAAGCAAACGACUCGCCUCCGCAAUGAGUCGGGUAGUGCCACUUUGGUGAACUUGCUGAAAUGGUGCCAGCGCAACACAAGCGGGUACAAGCGGGUGAAGGUGAAGGACAUGAAGGAGUCGUGGAGGUCAGGCCUGGCCCUGUGUGCCCUCAUCCACCGCUUCAGACCAGAGCUCAUGAACUUUUCCUCCCUGGAUGAGUCCAAUGCAGCCUACAAUAACCAGCUGGCGUUCGACGUCCUGCAGAGAGAGCUGGGCAUUGCCCCAAUCAUGUCUGGGGCUGACAUGGCUAGCUGCGUCCAGAUCGACCAGCUGUCCAUGAUGCUGUACCUCUCUCAGGUCCACAGUGCCUUCUCCAAACAAGCGCCUCCCACAGAUGAAAUCAGUCAGUUGGCGCCCUCCAAGCCAGUUUCCCUGUCCGCUGCCCGAUCUGCCAUCAGUUUCCUGAACAAGCUGAAACACAACUCCCUGCAGCGCCGCAAGGACAGCCUGGCUGCAGAGAGGAAGAGGACUCUGAGGAUGAGGAAGGAGGAGGGCGAGGAGGAGGAGGCUGUGACCCCCGUGACCCCUGUUGUCACGGUGACGCCCGGGGCCCCUGACUCGCCCGAGGCCCCCCUGGACAGCGAGGUGUGCUACUUCUGUGGCCAGCGGCUGUAUGUGCUGGAGCGAGAGAGCGCUGAGGGCAAGUUCUUCCAUCGCAGCUGCUUCACCUGCCACCACUGCAGCGCCACUCUCAGGCAGGGAGGCUACUCGCACCACCAGAGCACCGGAAGGUUCUACUGUGAGCUGCACUCUGAGGAAAUGGAACUGGGCCACAGGAAUCUGUCCACACACUCUGAGGAUGACUCAGCCUCGAGUGGAGAGGGCAGUGAUGAGGAGGUGUACUGGAAGAGUGAGGUGAACAAGUCUGAUCCAGCACCUGCCUCGGCAGACUCUGCUGUGGCAGAGCGGUCACCUGAUCCUCACCCUGUCCCCAAGAAGGCCUCCCCGCACAGGCCGUCCAAGCUGCCUGGGCACAAAGCGGCAUCAGAGGACUCCGCCAGUGCCAGCCCCGUGCCCGCUCCACGCGGGGCACACGCGCGCCAACCCCAGUCCCCCCCCACGCCAAAGCCACGCACCGUCCAUCUUCCGGCAUUCCCUACCAAGCCCUCACCCCCCCUGGACCAACGCCAGACAAAGCCUGAGGCUGUGAAGGAGGAGGAGGAGGAGCUCUCUAGCGAGACCCCCAGCGGUCAAGCUGAGAAUGGACGUGCGAACGGAGCGGACAGCGCCUCCCCCAGGUCAGAAACCAGAAGUGCGAACGGAGCGGACAGCGCCUCCCCCAGGUCCGAAACCGCAAAGCUGCGGAAGCUGCAGCUGUCGGACGAGGAGCGCAGUCAGCUGGGCAGCCUGAGCUACAGCCAGGACUCGGACUCGGAGACGCCGGCCUCCUCAUCGGCCUCGUCCUCCUCCUCCUCCAAGCGCGUGGACGGAGGGGCGGAGGGGGCCGGUCAGCAGGAGGAGAGCUUCUGGAGCGCGGGCCGGCCGGGGAGCCACGUGCGGGAGCAGCGCAACCGCCGCUGCGUCCGGAGGAAGACCGAGCCGCCCGGCGGAGGCGCCAACGGAAGCCAGCAAGGCGGUCGCGUGCGCUCCAAGUUCUCCCCCUGGAACCUGUCGUCCCCGCGGCUCGGCCAGCACCACCGUCUCAGCGUCCACGUGGGGGGAGCUGAUGGAGUUCAUUCAAGUAGCUAUGCAUCAGGAGAGGAGAAUGGUGAUGAUGAGGAUGAUGACUUCGACAUGUAUUCAGACAGCAUUGAUUUUCAGGAGGUACAGGCCCCCUCUGACCCGGUGGAGGCGCACAAGUUGGAGCUGCGCAAGAUGAGGACGCUGGAGCGCCGGGCCAAGAUGAGUGAGAUCCAGCGCUUCCACAGAGCACAGUCGAUCCAGAGACGGCUGGAGGAGAUUGAGGUGACGUUUAAGGACCUGGAGGUGAAGGGAGUUGACCUGGAGAGAACUCUCAGGGAGGAGUCAGGUGACACACCACAGACCAAGCAGGCGUUGUUACACCCUCAACCACACCAUCAGACACCACAACACCACUUACAUCCACUGCACGAGCAAGCUGAACCACGUCCAGAUUCAGCUGAUUCGGACCUGAUCGGCCAGUGGAUCGAGCUUGUCCAGCAGAAGAACGCACUAGUAUCUGAGGAGUCUGACCUCAUGGUGGCCUCACGCCAGCUGGAGCUGGAGGAUAAGCAGAGCAUGCUGGAGCUGGAGCUGAGACGCUGCAUGGAGAUGAGUGACUCUGAGAAGAGUGCUGAGGAGCGUGAGGCGGAGGAGAGGGCGCUGGCAGAGAUGCUGGAGGUGGUGGACAUGCGGAACUCCCUGGUGGCCUUCCUGGAGGAGAAGAGGCUGAAGGAGCUCAGCGAGCCCCAGCUCACCAGCUCCCUGCUGGAGACCAAGAGACACUCGACCGCCACCGCCAACACCCAUAUGCACUGGGACUAAUGGGGCCCCAGAUCACACACACACACACACACACACACACACACACACACACACACACACACACACACCAUGCCUUCACAAACACACUCCUCACGUAUGUGUUUAAUACACAAGACUUUUUCAUGCACGCCGUCAUUAUGAGACUUUUGAACUUGAAAAGCCAAAGACUUUGAAAAUAUUUCCGUUUCACUUGCGUGUACAUGCACAUUAUCACACACAAGCAAACACACCCACAAAUAGAGGCACACACACUCACACACUCACAGAGCCCUCACUGCCUAGCCUUAAAAGACUCAAGGGAAGCAGCAUUCUUUCUCUCUGUCUCCCUUUCUUUCUCUCUCUCUCUCUCUCUGCCGAGUCAGCACCCUGAGAGCCAGUGCUGUGGCCACUGCGCUGACGUGAUUAUGAGAUUAUGAAUGUACAUAAAAUCAUUAUCUACUCUCCUCACAUUAGUGGGCCUCAGCCAAGCACAGAAUUACCUAGAGAUGAUGCUCAUAUCCUUAUUACUCAAAGUAUUUACAAUGUGUCAUAUUUGAUAUAUUUAGAGAUUUAUGCUAUCCAGUUUUGGAGUGUAAUACAAUCACAGAAGAAUAUUAUGUAAUAUUUUGUCAAUGUAAUUAUUGUUAUAUGCUGAGGACAUUAUUAUUAUAAUUAUUAUGGUUAUUAUUAUAAUGAUUAUUAAUAUUAUCAUUAUUAUUAUCAUUAAUAUACUCCUUGUGACAUUUGAGCACAUUUUGCAUGCAUCAUUGGUAUUGCUCAGUUGAAUGGUGGUUCUCAGGGCUGGAGCAGAAAUGUAAUGUGGUGUGCUGCCAAGCAGAUACACACUCAUCCACAGUGUUCCUGAGUCAGGAGAUUCAAAACGUGCUGAAAUACUCUGCGGGAGAACAAGGGUCAAUCAAAGACAUGGUUCUCAAAGGUGAGCUACACUUGCUCUGUUCACAGUAGCCAUGUAGAGCUGUCUUCGUAACAAAUGUAGCAAAAGUUUGAGGCUGAACAUUCCCUUGUGAAAGCUGUGUUUCUUUAGUUUGUUUUUUUCCUUUCAUUGUUGCCUAUGUGCAGCCGGGACUGCUUCAAGUACACAAUACUAAUAAAUAUUGGAUUGCUUUAUAUCCUAAUGUGUUUUUGGAGCCAAACAUAGGCCAUGCAAACAUAAAAAAAUACACACACACACCAUUUCAAUACAAACACACACAUCUGUCUCUUCAUGGAUAGCCAUGAGGGGGUGGAUUGGAACAAUGACUAAAGCAACCAACUCAAUAGUUAGGCCUAACUUUUCCUAGAAUUAAAAAAAGCCACUAUAUGUAUGAAAGAAAGAAGAGCCGGUUUAUUGAGGGACCAGUAUGUUCCAACCAAUUUCAAGAAAAUAUGUAUUUUGUAUUUUUGUGGAUGUCAAUAAAAAAACUGCAAAUGUG